AUGGCGGCCCUUGCCUCGGCGCCGAUUGGUUCGCGAGGCUCCUUGGACGGGAGCGAACCAUGGACCCCGGACACCCGACCGGGAGCUGAACAACGGCAACAGCCUGAGGUUGCCGUGGAAGAGAUGCCGAUGCCUGAGUUUGAGGAGGCCAGGCGGAGAAGAGCACGAAGGACCAGAACUUUGAGGUUCAAUGACUCGGAUGAGUCUGCGAUGGGAGAUGAAUCUCUUAGUGGGGUUCUGGCUUCUUCGAGUUCGGAACUGGUGCCUGGCAGCCCUAUGCAGCAGGUUCUACGUGGUCAACAUGGCGAACGUGCUGGAGAAGGGCAUCGUGAUGCAGUUCCCGGAGGAAGUGAAAGUGAGAGCCCAAUGGACGACCCAUGGCUGACCAAUGACCCUUGGAGGAAUGAGAACUGGCAGGUGAACGCAGCUGAGAAUUGGUCAGAGGCUUCAGGAGAAUGGCAAUCCUCUCGAAGCUCAGAUCAUGGGUCGCAGUGGAGUUGGCGAUCGUCUCAGUGGAGCAGUCGAAGUUGGCAUCGAUGGCAAAACUGGGAUACUACGUCAUCAGAGCGUGGAGACGGAUGGUCAGACACCGGUUGGCGAUCUGACUGGAAUAGGAAGCAUGAUGAGAAUUGGUCCACACUAUCUGACGGACGAGCACUAUCCCGAGAUGAGCAUGGACAAGAUCGACAUUGUGAAGAACUUCAACGAGACGAUCAUGGACUUUUUGGCGUGAAUGAUGGAGCCCUUUCCCCGGUGUCACCACAGGCACCUAGGGCGAAGGAUCCUGAGAACCGGCCCAUGGGAGACGUGCCUAGUGGUGUUCCUUCGGUGGCCGGAAACCAGAGUCAACAGGCAACGGGUACGACGGGGAAGUUGAGCUCAUCGUACCCUCCGAUCUUCUAUGCGAGGCCAGGAGAGAGCUGGGAGCAGUACUGGAGAAGUGUCACCUUUUGGGUGGCCUCAGAAGGCAAGUCAUUGCCCCAGGAGAUGCAAGGACCCCGACUCAUGCAGCAGUUGCGUGAGAGAGCAGGGAAGAUCGUGCAGCACUUGACGGUGGAUGAAGUUUCCGGAGCCGAUGGAAUUCAGAGGAUCAAGCAGGAAAUGGAGAGGAGCCCCAUCAUCAAGCUUCUGGACCAGAAGAAGGUAGACCAAAGAAGACAGAAGUUCAUGAAGCUCACCCGCUUGCAUGGAGAAUCAACUGAAAGUUUUUUGAAUCGCGCUGAGAUUUACCGGCGUGAAAACCAGUCUUCACCCGCCUAUCAGGUGGGAUCGAAGUUUUACAUUGGACACCUUUUGGAUGCAGCCCGCUUGACCAAGAGGGACUUGGCCUUGGUGAAGGCUGCAAGUCAAGGCACCCUGGAGGAUGAGGACCUUGUGACCACAUCGCUGAUGGACUUGGCAGAGCAGUUGGAGGGCCAACCGGGAUGUCCGAUUGGCCGUGGCGAACCGACCUUGGACCAGGAGGACAAGUACCUGGUACAGAAGGCGACUACAUCAUCAAGUAUGACCUCUCCCUUGCAGAGCUCUACGGCGACACCUGGCAUGAGGAAGAACCGCAGAAAGUUCUUUGGGAGGCGACGCUUCCGAGAUGCGCUGAUGGCGAUCCUUGAAGAUGAGGACGGAGCCGAUGAGGAUGGAUUGGACGAUGAGCCAGUUAUGCCAGAUGGCAUUGGCGACGAAUCAGUUGAUGAAGAGGAGGACGACAUGACUUCGUUUGGUGGGUCGUCAACGCAGGCGACCUCUGUGAUGGAAGCUUCGUCGGCUGGAACUAUGUCGUCUACUACCUCUUCUACGGCUUCGACAUCAGACGCAUUUCUGGCGGAGAUCUUCGCACAGGAGUACAAAGCCAGGAAUCGAGUGCGUGAGAUCAAGAAGAUGAGACAGUACUUCCAGAAGGAAGGACAUGCACCCGGAGGGCCACAAGGCGACAAAGAUCGAGAACAGGUGAAGCGAUGGGUGAAGCAGCAGCAGAAGACGGAGCCCUGCUUCAUUUGUAGGCAGUUGGGACAUUGGUCGCAGGAGUGCCCGUAUAGAAACAAGGCACCAGUACAUGCGACCAACGUCACAUUUCCCACUGGCAACAGACAAGCUGAUGCCGACUGGGAUUUCCUCCGACAGUGCGCCCAGUCCGAGUCGAUGUACAAGGGUGCACCACAGAGGGGGGGGAGGCCUCGAAACACCUUUAUGACUACUUCGUCUUCUACAUCCAUUACCACUAAUGAGAUUUAUUGGUCAUUGACGGAGUUGGGGGACAAGAUGAUUUUGGAUUUGGGGUGUAUGAAGACAGUGGCAGGGACGACAUGGGUCAACCCCCUGGUUUUGAAAUGGAAGAGAAAUGGGUGGUACUGCAAGGUUGUCUCUGAGAAGGAAUCGUUUCGUUUUGGGGAUGGGCACAUCAACCAAAGCAAGUUUGCAGUGAUCAUCCAUGUGAAUUUAGCCGGCAUCCCAUGUCUUUUGAGGAUUUCUGUCGUUGCAGGGAAUUGUCCACCAUUGUUGUCAAAGCCUGUCUGCACAACAUUGGGUCUCAUGGUUGACACGUCAGCGCAUGCAGUGACAUCUAAGAAGUAUGGCAUCAAAAGGUUUGGACUAGGUCAGUCGGCAGGAGGUCACUCUGUCAUUCCGAUUGAUCAGGUGUCAGACAUGCAACCAGUUCCCAGUGAUUUCAGUUUGCAGCCGCAACAUGAAGUGUUUCCGCUGGUGCCCAGUGGAUCAACGGUGAAGGAGUCACCAACCUCGCGCCCCACCGUCCUGACUGCGCACUCGGUGUCGGAUGAUCGACAACAGCCCAUGGGAGAACGUCGGGAUGCUGGAGGACGAGACCCACGCCAUCUCAUCCGACGAGGAUCAAGAUCCGCAGAGGAGGACGUCGAGAGCAGUCAGACGCAGGGCAUCGAGAACUUUGUCGGAGAGCCGACAUCGAUCACCGAGCAGAACGACCCAGAUCCCCAAGGAGAUGGUGGAGAUGCAGGCACAGAUGGCUCAAAUGGCAACGAUGAUGAUGGAAAUGCAGGAGAUGGCAACAGCAGCCAAAGCCAAAGCGAAGAGCCGGAGCAAGGCGGCGGGAUCUGGUCAGACCGCCCCCAAGGAGAACAAGAAGGCGGCCCUGACAGGUCGGGAGGCAGAUUUCUCGACUCUGUCACAUCGCUACAGCUACGACGUCACCUUCAACAUCCUCGGCAGCAUCACGGAGCAGGCCCUGACGUUCAAGUGGAAGCUUUUGCUACUCAUGCUGAGGAUGAAACAGGCAGUGGAGGCCGACAAGUCAACCAGGAGGAGAUGGAAGAGGAACCCGAGAUGGAUCAUGCACAUGAACGGCAGAUUCCUGGCGGGACUAUGGGGCCACCUGGGCAGCGCCCGACAGUUGUGCUUCAACCCGAAGGUCUACCCGCUGGCUCUAGCCGACACGGAGGAGAAAGAGAGCAAAGACAAGCGCAGAGGUUCCAAGGGGUCCAACUGACGGAUCCCAAUGCUCCGACGACGGCAGAGCAACGGAGACGCGCAGCCGAGCGGUUGGAUGUCGUGUUAGAAGGCCAACAUGUCAUGGUGGAGACCUACGUCCUGGAGGAGACCUUCAUGAGGAGCUACAUCAAACUGGAGACCUUUCUGAGGAGCUACAUCAAACUGGAGCUGAUCGUCUUGGUGGAGACCUUCUUGAGGAGCUACUUCAAAUCUGAGGAGAGGUCGACAUUUCAGACAGAGGUCCAACCAAAAGGAAAGAAGAUCACUUUGAACAGACGUCAGACGAGAAGCAUCCGGCAGGGUGUCCAGAAGGCUCUGCGGAUGCAACACCGUAUAUAUGAAGCCGCACAGAUGAAGAGGCGGCCUUGGACUUUGCUCGAGGUCUUCGCAGGAAAGGCUACGUUGUCCUCAAUGGCCAGAAAAUCACCUGGAUGGGAAGUACUGCCACCUCAAGAUGUACUAUAUGGACUGGACCUGCUCAAGGAGGAGCACGUGCAGUUGCUGAAAGAUGUCAUUGAGAAGCAACGUCCAGAUGUGGUGACCUUGUCACCUCCAUGUGGUCCAUGGAGCUCUUGGCAGAGGAUGAGGAAGAGAAAGGACCUUCUACAGGCUCUACGUCGUGAACACCAGCCCUUUUGGGACCUUGUGUGCUGGAUCUGGGCCUUCCAGAACACGCAUGGUGGCAUUGUUGUGUUGGAACAGCCCAAGCAAAGUGAUGCCCUCAAAAUGCCCAAGAUGACACGGAGAGAACGUGUGUAUGAGAAAGAGGUGCACAUGUGCCAAUUGGGGUUGGAGGACGUAGUGAGCGGUGCUCCACACAAAAAGGCCACAGCGGUUCAGAUGAACCAUCCUAUGAUUUGCACGACGCUUUUUCCUGAGAUGAAGUGUGACCAUCCACCUGGAGCACAUCAACCUCUAGAAGGAUCAGUGGCAGUAUGGGAUGAGACAACGAGAAGGUACAGGGCAGUCAGAAGGUCGACGCUUGCAGCGGAAUGGACACCGUCAUUCUGCGAUUGGUUGUUGGGCGGCUUGGAAGCUAUGCAAGAGGAGUCUGCACAGGUGUUUCACCUGGAACUUCAUCGGGAAGUACCAAGUACAAAACUGUGGGAGACGGUUCCGACAGAACUGGAGCAGACCCCAGAGGGACAAAUCCGACAGCACCUACAGCAGAAUGAGUUUGGCACCAGGUAUGACUACAUUAGUUUUUCAGGGACGGCAGCAAUGGUGAGUCGCACGAUGAGGUCAACUCUGGCUCACCUUCAUGUAGCUUUGGGCCAUGUUAGCAAUGCCAAAUUGAAACGAAUGAUGCUUUUGAAUGGCGCCAAACCGGAGCUGGCCGAGAUCAUCGACCACUUGGAGUGCCAAAUAUGCAAGCAGGUACAGAGCCCGAUGGCAACACCAAAGGCAGCCUUUCAGCGGCCAAUGUGCUUCAAUGAACGCAUCCUGUCGGACACGUUCUAUGUGUGGGAUGUGGAGGAGACCAAGUUUGCGGUGACCCACAUCAUUGACGCCUUUUCGCUCUACCAGAUUGCCACGGCGGCCAAGGACCCAUCGGCAGAAACCUCGGUCGAGCUCAUCCGAGACCGUUGGUUAGGGGUAUUUGGCCCUCCUGCGGUCCUCAUGACGGAUCAGGGCAGUGAGUUCAAGGGAGAGAUGGAGCCAUUGCUGGCCACUUUUGGAGUAUUCCAUGAGAUGGUGCCCCCUACAGCUCAUUGGAGGAUGUCAUUGGCGGAGCGGCAUGGAGCGGUGUUAAAGGUAUUGCUGAUGAAGAUCAUCAAGGAGCAGUCCAUUGUGGGAUUGGGGCAAUUGCAGAUGGCUGUGGUAGCUGCAACGGCGGCCAGAAAUAGCCAAGCCAGAGUCUCUGGCUUUGCCCCUACUCAGUUGGUUUUUGGGAAGGACACCGCCAUGCCCACGAACCUCAUGGAAGCACUGGCAGGACAGUUUCACUACCAGCUGGCAAGACCUACAUCCCCUGAAGACUCCUUCUACCGAGCUAGCCAGAUCAGAAAGGCAGCCUCAGACGCCUUCCAGUGGAUGGAGGCGAGCGACGCAUUGAAAAGGGCAGCAGGUUCCAGAGCUAGGCUGCCCAAACUGGAGUUGCUCACAGAAGGAGCUCAAGUGAUGUUCUGGGAACCUCCGGCACACAGGAGAGGUUUGGCACGAAGGCUACAGGACAACAUCUCAUGGGUCGGGCCAGCGGUGGUGGCAGCAAUCGAGAGGAAGGACGGGUCCAUCAAGAGAGUUUGGGUCCGGUACAAGAACAAACUGAAAGGUGUCCCUCUCGAAUUUGUACGGUUGGCUGUGGCAGAGGAACAUGAGGCCACGAGCAUAACCAAGGAGGCAUUGCAGGAGUUGGCGAAACAAUUGGAUUCCGGACGAGUCAAUGCAGAAGUUCCGGAUACAUCAUCCUCUUCGUCUUCAAGCUCUACUGAGGAAGAGAAAGCUACCAGCAGCCAGAAUCCAAAGAAGAAGGUAGUGAAGAGCAGGAUGAAGGAGAAACAGAAGAGCCAGGAUCAGGUGAGAGUGCCUGAUCCUAGAUAUCCAGUGAUGGAGAUGAGUGAUGAAGAGGAUGAAGGAAACAAUCCGGUUACGCAGGAGCAACUACGACAGUCAGCGUCGGCAUUGGAUGAUGUGCCAAUUUCGAUUCAUCGUCGUCAGGUACCUGCUCAGGCACCUGUCAAAGGGUCAAGCCAGUCGAGUGCCUCUACCAGACCGAUCAAGAAGGCCAGGACACAUGACGGAGCUCGAGCAGAUCCCUCUACCCGACCUUUUUUGGAGCGUCGCGGGAUGUUUGACAAGGCCCUGAACAAGACUGAGGAGCAUUUCAGGACUAUGAGGCAGAAGCUUGAGCCCAAGACGGUGCAGAUUGCGGUGCCGACGCAGACAGAGAAUCCAGAGAUGAUCCAGAUUCAGGUGCGCAAUGACGAUCCGCCGUACAUCAACUUGGAGAAGUUCAACAAUACGGAGUAUUCAGAUUCAGAUGCAGAUCUGAUGGAGGCCUUGGAAAGAUCCCUCACGACAGAGAUGCUACAGCACCUACCUAUGGAGGAGUUGAGGUAUAUGAGGAGAAGACCUGUAGGUGCAGCUGCUGAUCAAGGAAGAUCAGCAUUGAGGGACAUCAACGAGGCGGUGUUGGUACGGCAUUUGGAUAGACGUCGGUACACGCUGGAGUACAAACCGGCAUCCCCACUGACGAGGUCCCGGCUACCUCCACCUCCAGGCCACGUCAUGAACAUCUUGCCGGAAAACAUGAAGAGGCCAUUGACAGGAGAGAGACAGUGGGAUAUUCUGCGUCACCAGCGUCGAGAUCCACCUCCUCAGAAGGACUACUGGCUUAAGAGCCCAGAUGACACAGAGCUCUACAGGAUACAUGUGGUUCCACGAUUUCAUCUUUUUGAUGUCCUGGCAUUUCAUCAGGAGAAGGGCCUUAAUGACCCUCACGUGGACCCACCACCAGGAAUUCCGAAGAGCUGGAUCACAGGGGCAAGAACGACCCAGGUCUACUAUGUCAACAACCCUCUGGAGCCACGGAACUAUACUGGAACGGGUCCAAUACCACCGUCGGCGAUGUUCAUGCAUCCAACAGUCGCCAAUGCAAGGAUGUCGGAACUGAUUGCCGACAGUGUUAGAUGGACAGGAUGGAACACACAGCAGAACCUGUUGGGAUACUGGCAAGGCAUCACAAGGUUUCAAUUGCAAAAUCCUGAUGAAGCAGAAUCUCAUUUGGUGAAUUGGUUGGAAGCACGCCAUUUUGCGGAGGAGACAUGGCGUGCAGGUCAGGAGCUGGUACAUCAGUAUCGAGAACUGCAACAACAAUCAGGAUGGCCGAAUGAAACUUUGAUGACUCAAUACCUUGCCAGUGACCGAGGUCUCGAGGUUAACCAAGUGAUGGACAUUGUCAACUUGGCGAAGGAUUCCCUCAAGGCGACACAGACUGAGAUGCAGGAGAUCUUCUUCAACUUUGUCCAUGCAACCAAUGUGCAGCCACCUACUCCUCACUUUAAAUAUCAAGGACAAGUUGAACUCACGCAUCGUCCUGAAGAACCAGUGGACACCACAAGACCAGAGACAGGGAAGGCACGACGCGCUGACGCGCUGGAGAUUUACUUCAAGCACGAUGCGUUGGCGCCCGUGAUGCCGGAGGAGGUGAUUGACGAGUCUGAGAUCCUGCCUAGUCGAUUUGUCCUCGUCAACAAGACAGAUCCAAAGAACCAACACCCACGAGAUGAGGAUCUGCCAGACGCAAAGCUCAAAGCUCGUCUGGUGAUAGCAGGACACAAAGAUCAGAGAGCAGGAGACUUUGAGACGGAAGCGCCAACAGCCAGUCUCUUAGCACAUAAUCUCUUGUGCUUUCUGGCAGCUCAAUGGGCUUGGAAAAUGACCUUUGCUGACAUCUCGGCGGCUUUUCUGCAAGGCGAUUACCUACCUGAAGAGAGGAGAGUGUUUGUCAAGUGCCCCAGGAAUUAUCCUCUUUUUGUACGACAGUAUCUGGCAAGCAAAUUGCCAGCAGGGGCCCGGACAGACCUUAUGAGGAUGAAGAAAGCAGGUUUUGGUCUUGCAGAAUCACCGAGAUUGUGGUACAAGAGGUUCAAAAGAGGAGCAGAAUCCAUCGGAGGACGAGAACUACAUCUUUGUCCUGGUGUCUUUGCCUUUUUCCAAGGGGGCGGGGUGAUUGCCCUAUUGGCCGUUCACGUUGACGACGUGAGACUCAUCACGGACCCUGUGCAUGAGAAGGUCAUGACAGAACGGCUCAACUCGCUCUUCACUUUUGGCGAUUGGGUCCAUCCUGUACAAUGGACAAAGUUCUGCGGCAGAUAUGAAAAGCAGAUGCCUGAUGGAACAGUCUACAUGCAGAUGGACCCCUACGCUGAACGGUUGAUGGAUCCACCACAACGAGCGCAUGGACAACAACAUCCUCUACUACCAAAUGAGCUCAAAUGGAUCGGCACGUUGUGUGGCCAACUUAACUGGAUGGCAAGACAGUGCCGAGCUGACCUCACUUUCGGUGUUUCCAGGAUUCAACAAUUGGCAGGAGUUGCUGAUCCUGCGGCGCUGGUGGAACUCAAACUAUUGGUGGAGAGGGCAAGGACUCCAGUCACUGUGAAGUUCGAGAAGUUGGGAUGCAAGGUGCAAGAAAUGGUGGUGAUAUGCACCUCAGACGCAUCCUUUGCCGGGAUGCCACGAGGGAGGUCCCAAGGCGGUUUUGCAAUUGGGUUUGCCCAUCCUGACAUUUUGUCAGGGGAUGCACCAUUCAAUGUGGUGCACUACCACUCCGGACUUCUCAAACGAGUGGUACGUUCGAGCCUUGCAGCUGAGAUCAGUCAAGCUGCUCACACCCUUGAGGAAGGAGACUUCGUGCGCGCUCUCUUGGCCGAGAUGAUCUCGGAGAACUUCGAGCUCAGAAUGUGGCUGACACACGUGGCGCAAUGGAGGUUGGUGCUGGUGCUGGACUCUCGCACCGGAUAUGACCUGUUGAAUGGGACAGGUCUUGGAGAGGACAAGAGGCUGGCAAUAGACAUUGCAGCCAUGCGCCAAGCUCUCCAAGAAGAUGGUGCCGCUCGUCUAGUUCGUUGGGUCCCAGGUGAUGAGCUCAUAGCGGACGACCUGACGAAGUUGUGCGGCAACCAGAAGCUGAUGGCCACGUUGUCAAAUGCCAGAUGGGCGUUGAAGGACACGGAGGUGGUGAAGAGACUCCGAGCAGAUGCUGCCGCUCGAAAGAAGAACUACCGGCAGCGAAUCUCAGCCACGAGAGAGGAGGCU